GCUUCUCUGUGCAUAUUGGAAACAGGUGCUUCCGGAGCACACCUUCACGACAAUCACUUUGCUUGAGGAUGUGCCAACUCCCCUGCACCGCGAUGGGAGAAACGGCUCGACGCACAACGCCAUUUUGGCGGUGUCGGACUUUGAACAAGGGGGGCUUUGGCUCGAAGAUGAGCAUGGGGACGAAAUCCGUCUCCUGGAUGGUCAGGAACUACGAGGCAAGGUGCAUCAGAUCACGAAGGAUCCUUUUGUCUUCGAGGCCAGGGAUAGGCAUCACUGCACUGAGCCCUGGAAGGGCCAUCGACUUGUCAUGGUUGCCUUCACGGUCCCAGGAUACGAGAAACUUGAAUCGGCUGAUCUAGCACUGGUCAGGGACUUGGGGUUCGUCUUGGACAGUAAAUCGCAACUUGAGGGCAAAGCCGUGGCCUUCAGACCGGAGCUCUGCUGCAACCGUGGCAAUCCCAUCGACGUGAUGUGGGCCGGCGAUGAGUCGCCUUUCACGGAUGGCUUCGGCCUUUGCUCACCAUCCAG